UUUUUUCCGAUCGUCUGGUGCCCCAUUUGCGUUUAACUUUGGGCAAAUGUGCAAAACGGGCGGGCUUCGAAUCGGACAUUCGCACCUUCGAAGGGAACGCCAUUGUGGUCUCUAACGACUCCUCGAAGUAGCGAAAGUAAUCCGUUGUUUUCCUCCUCAUCUGUGUUUAUUGAAGAUUUUCACCUCGCAGAAUGGCCCAGGAGCAGGAAAUGCCGACCUUCAAGUGCGUCCUAGUCGGGGACGGGGGCACCGGUAAGACCACAUUCGUGAAGCGCCACUUGACCGGCGAGUUCGAGAAGAAGUACGUCGCGACGCUGGGGGUGGAGGUGCACCCGUUGGUGUUCCACACGAAUCGGGGGGCUAUCAGGUUCAACGUGUGGGAUACAGCCGGACAGGAGAAGUUCGGGGGGCUGCGCGACGGGUACUACAUCCAGGGGCAGUGUGCCAUCAUCAUGUUCGAUGUCACGUCAAGGGUCACGUAUAAAAACGUCCCCAAUUGGCACAGAGACCUCGUGAGGGUGUGCGAGAACAUCCCCAUUGUGCUAUGCGGGAACAAAGUCGACAUCAAAGACAGGAAAGUCAAAGCGAAAAGUAUUGUGUUCCACAGGAAGAAGAAUCUUCAGUACUACGAUAUUUCCGCCAAGUCGAAUUAUAACUUCGAAAAGCCGUUUUUGUGGUUGGCGCGUAAGUUGAUCGGGGAUCCUAAUUUGGAGUUUGUGGCGAUGCCGGCGUUGGUGCCCCCCGAAGUCACGAUGGACCCCCAUUGGCAGCAGCAAAUCGAGAAGGAUCUCAAGGAGGCGCAAGAAACCGCGCUUCCCGAGGACGACGAAGAACUUUAAUUCCCGCAUUUACUAUAUAUUUAAUUUUAUAUUAUUUAACUAGUGUUCUAAGUUAUUGUAUCAGGGCCCAGUUGUUGUUAAAUUGAGAUGGCGCUCGCAUGUGUAAAACUUGAAAAUUAGACAAGAUAUUUUUUUAACAAUCCUUCAUUAUUUGUAAGCCUCCUAAUUACUUUAAGAAAUAAAUGGAUUUUCACAAAA